GGUCGAGGCGAACCUAGGGGAGGACCAGCAGGCCGAGGAGGAUGGAGAAGGGGACCGAACCUUCCUCCAGGACCCCAGCCACCACAACGGCAAACCUAUCAGCGAGCCGCACCCUAUCAGCAAUCAGGCUCCCAGGAAAUGAACACAGGAUUUCCAGGAGUGAAUCCUGCAGCACCUAACAGGCUGUGCUGGGGUUGUUACCAGCCCGGCCCCCGACGCAAGGGAGUGUCCGGUCAACCCAUGAGAAGGUCCAGCAGAAAACUGGCUGAAAACGAGACAGGGUGCCCAUGAUAGGGUUGCCCGGAGAAGCCUGAGGGGGAAGUAAUGUCACCAGUCAUUUCAUUACAGCCACACAACGAACCAACUAUACCUGUUGUCAUCCACAAACAAGCAUAUUCCUUUAUGGUGGACACAGGGGCUACAUAUGGAAACACAAAAAAAAAAAAAAAAAAAAAAGACUCUACACACCCCCUCUCUAAGUCAUCCAUCAAGACCAUAGGCUUCUCUGGGAAAUCACAAGUCAUACCAAUGACAGAGCCUGUUUCAAUGCUCAUUGCUGGUAAAGUCAUCUUUGCACCCCUACUCUACUCAACUCAUACGCCAGUGAACCUUCUAGGCAGAGAUAUAUUGUGCCCUCUCAAAACUAAGAUCAUGAGUACUCAAGAUGGACUAUAUUUAGACUUCUCUGACGACCCCCCACAAAGCAUGAUGCCACAGCUGCCCGGGAACGCCACAGAGACAUCACAGGCGUUGGUCUACUGGCUCCAACUGACAUCAGACGAGUCUCACCUCAAACAGACAUGGACUCAGUGGGAACCAUGGGUCAGGUUACAUUUUGACACAACACAUACUCUCAAUCUGCCACUGCAUUGCACGCUCAUGUAUGACGCGGACCAGACUCAUGUAGAUUGUAAAGAAUGCAGGGACACAGUGCUCAAAAAAAAAUAAAUAAAUAAAAAUAAAAUAAAAAAAGAAAAUAAAAACCAUGCCUGAUCAUUAGUGAAGACAUGUAUUCAGUACCUCAAGGUGUGCCUCCCAGAAGAAUUAGCAGGAUGGUCUCAGGUGCCAAAUUCUGCACCACACGUUACAUUGAUGAUAGCAGAAAGUUAUGAGUCUCAUCAUCUGGGUCCAAUGGUCAGAUGUGCACUGCAGGUGCGAGAGUGGUUACCCACCAAGAACAAAUACAUCCACAUUUCAGAUGACAAACAAUACAUCAGAAUCUAACUAAGACAGGUGAUGAAACAGUCGCAGACAAGGUACAUGUAGAUGGUACUACUCCCACACAGACAGCAGUCACAGAAGAACACGCACAGUUGUUGAGUAAAGUUCCACCACAUCUAUGGACAGCACAUAAAACUGAUGUAGGAUAAGAUCAGCGCAACCUGUUCGCAUCACACUAAAACCACAUAAUAACCUAUCAUACCAGAGGCAGUAUCCUCUCCAGCAGCAUGCCAUUGACGGUAUCCAACCCACAAUUGAAGGCUUGGUAAAGGCUGGAGUUCUGGUCAAAACUAGAAGUCCGUGCAAAAUGUUCAUUUUUCCAAUCAAGAAACCAACUUCUUCAGAACAGUAGCUAAUGCAGUGGUGGAAACAGAGACGCCACAUGUGCCAGAUUCACACAUGUUGCUUUCAGACAUACCACCCGACACACAGUGGUAUACAGUCAUUUAUUUAUGUUCUGUUUCUUUUCAGUGUACCGCUACACCCAGACUCUCAAUAUUUGUUUGCAUUCACUUAUGAAUGUCAGCAUUAUGACCUAGCUAAUUUGAACGUGCCAAGCACUGUAUUACAGUAUGCAGAUGAUUUGCUUGUCUGUUGCCCUUCAAAAGAAUAAUGUCAAAAGAUUCCAUUGCAGUGCUCAUAGCAUUAGCAGAGGGGGGACACAAGGUUAGUAAAGACAAAUUGCAGUUCUGCCAGCAGUCUGUAGAGUACUUGGCCAGACAGUUGAGUGGGGAUAAAAAGUGCAUUGCCCCAUCUCAGAUGGAGGCAGUAAGUAAGGCUUCUCAACCGCAGACGGUGGGCCAAAUGCUGUCUUUUCUCGGCAUGACAGGAUACAGUCGGCCAUGGAUUUGUGACUAUGCUAUAAAAACUGCUCCACUCAGAGUUUUAGUAAGAGCAGCAGGACAGACAAACAACACAGCACAGCUGUCCUGGACGGAGGAAGCAGAAGGUGCGUUCCAAGCCUUAAAAAUAGACAUGCGGUGCGUUCCAAGCCUUAAAAAUAGACAUGCAGUCCGCUCCAGCGUUAGGCACUCCUAACUACUCCAAACCUCUUUAUCUCUACGUAGCAGAGAAAUCUGGGUUUGCGCGUGUCGUCCCAAUGCAAGACACACCCACAGGUAAAUAACCACUGGCAUAUUAUAGCACUAAGCUCGAUAACAUAGAGGCCGGUUCGCCUCCCUGUUAUCAGGGGCUAGCCGCAGCUGUCUUUGCAUUUCAAAAAGCAUCCUCGUUAACAAUGGGACAUCCUGUAACUUUGUACACCUCUCACCAGCUUCGGCCCUGCUGACAAGUCCCAGAUUCGUUUUGACACAGGCCAGACGCACAGGAUAUGAGGUUAUCCUGUCCACUCCUGAGCUCGACAUUCAACGUUGUACCAUCAUUAAUCCAGCCACCAAAAUGGUUCUACCCACAGAAGGUACACCACGACUGUCUUCAUGGCACAGACAAAUUUAUGCACGCCGAAGAUUUACAUAAUCAGCCCAUUUUAACUGACCUCACGUUGCUCGUUGAUGGCUCCUGUUUUCAGGACGCCACAGGUAGUCAUGCAGGCUAUGGAAUUGUACAGCUCAAUAACGAUCAGAAUUUUGUGACUAUACGAUCAUGUCAUGAUCAACUUGCUCAGCCCUGCUCCGCCCAGCUUGCAGAGAUAAAAGCUCUAACAGCAGCAUGUAGAUUAGCAAAGGGAAAGUCACUGAAUGCAUAUACAGAUUCAGCAUAUGCAUAUGGAGUGUGCCACAUCCACGCAAACAUUUGGAAACAGAGAGGGUUUCGUGGAGCAGACGGCACGCCAGCUACACAUGAGGAGGCCAUUGUUGACUUGUGGGAGGCUGUGCUCCUCCCCGAAGCCCUAGCUAUAAUCAGAUGUCCAGCCCACCAAAAGACUGAUUCAUUGGUAGCCAGAGAUAAUAACCUAGCUGAUAGCUAGCAAGAUAGCAGCCAAACAGGCAGCAAUGGGUGCAGUAAUGGCACCCAUGUUAACCAUCCAAGAUUGUGAAACCCUCACUACCAUGCCUUCUCUUGUAGCCGCGCAAAACAGAGUAAGUGAAGCUGAAAAACGACUGUGGAUCAAGCGUGGCGCUAUCAGAACACAAGCACAGGGGCCAACAAAUGGUCUCUGGCGAGACAGUCAUGGCAAUUUUGUACUACCAACCUUGUUGCUGUGACAUGCUAUAAUUUGGGUGCAUAGUAAUGACCAUUGCGCAAGGGGGAGAUCCUACGGAAAUUGCAAGCAACAUGGUGGUCACCAUUCAUGGCAGCCACGGUAGAUAGAGUACUAGGCGAAUGCGAGAUCUGCGCAAGAUACAACAUCAGGAGAGUUUUUACAGCCCCACUGGCGCAUACCACCUCCAGACGGUCCUUUCAGACACCUCACGUUAGACUACAUAGACAUGGGAGCACAAUCCAGAGUAAGAAAAAUGAGAUACGUCUUGGUGGUCAUAUGCGGAUACAGCUGAUGGGUAGAAGCAACAGCUACAGCCGAUCAGAUCAUAGAACACUUGCAAAAUUCCUCUGCCAAGAAGUCUUCCUGAGAUUUGGGAUGCCGGAUACCAUAUCAUCAGAUAACGGAAAACACUUUGUAUCUAAUGUAACACAAGAAACACUGAAGCAACUAGGCAUCAAACAAAAGUUUGGCUGUGUCUACUACCCUGAAUCACAGGGGGCAGUAGAAAGAGCAAAUGGGAUUCUGAAAACAAAAAUAGCAAAAAUAGUAGUAGACAGUGGGGACAAGCUUAACUGGGUGGAUGCUUUACCGCUUGCACUAAUGUCAGUGCGCUCACAAGCUAGCAGAAUCACGCAUCUAACACUGCAUGAAAUGCUUACGGGUUCACCCAUGCCAAUACCAUAUUUGAGGGGUCCCUACGAAGGGCCCCCAUUGGAGCAACUGCAAAAUGAAAUGUUUGACUAUUUACGAAGUCUAUCCCCUAUCCAUAGGGCUAUCUUCCAGCAGGUGAAAGGCACCACCGAGGACAGAAGGGUCGAAAUCCCAGAAGACCUUCAACACAUACUUCCUGGAGAGUGGGUGUACGUCAAGGUGUUCGAAAGGAAGUGGGACCAGCCACGCAGAAAAGGUCCAUACAAGGUCAUAUUAGCUACACCAACUGCCUUGAAAGUUGAAGAUAGGUGCAGAGCAUGGCCAGCAGUUGGAGAUCCCUGUAUCCAAAGCAGCAGAAUCCAGGGUUGGCCUACCAAGAGCGCCCAGCCAUGCCAGAGGACCAGCCCCCAUUUGAGCCCAAGCUAGGGAUGACCUACAGCGACAACUGGUCAACCACCACGAGCUGCAACAGGAGGUCGAGAUGCUGAGGGACCAGGUGGCGUCCUAGCGGCGCCUGCGGAUGACUGGCACAUCCACCUAUGAGCCCGACGGAUAGUAACUAGGCGGCAUUAACAGCAAAGAUAACUAUGUACCUUGCCUACUGUGACCUGUAUAUGAGAAGGUUAUUGUAAUUAAUCAUGCAUGCAAUGUAUAACUCUUGUAUCCACACACCACUACAUUAAUAACAUUCAGAGCAAUCAGAUUACGGGAAUUAUUACCGAGACUGUUUUAUGUGUGAUGUAUACUGAUAAUGGUUCUGUAGUAUGGGACUUUUCAAGUCCCACAGCAGGGAAUAUAUAUUUUUCCUCUGUUAUGUUUUUGAUUCAUGUUGAUUAUUGUAUGGGACUAUGUAGCCCCAAAGGGAGGAAUGUAGUGUAAGAUUUAAUCACUAAUCAGGUAAAUGUUUUAUUUUGCAUAAGUUAAUUAAGGUUGGAAUUCAUGUAUGUAUCCAUGUAUGGCAAAGCACUUUAACACAAGUUUGCGUAUUCAUAUAUUGAAAACACACACAUACCAUACCAUAUAUUGCCUGGAAGUGUGAUAGUAGGCAGGGAGAAAAAGAUUACACCAUUAGGACAUGCCUGGGCAUGUCUGGGCAUGUCCAGACAUGUCUGAACAAAGGCAAAAAGGCCUGCCACUAGAGGGGGAAGGACUAAAAAGUGCUGAGUCAGCAGAAAUGUGACACCGAUAUGGUGGGAAGGACUUAAACUCAGCAGAAAUGUGACACCUUUAUGAUCAGUGCCCAGUGGAAAAGUUUAAGGAAAAGAGAUGACUCAGCAGAAAUUCUACGAUAAAGAGCGAGCGCAAACAAAGAAACUUCAGUCUCGCUCCGGAGCUUGACUCAUUGAGUUGUGAUGUGUUUGUUGCCUGCGAGCACAUUAAACUCAGUUGCAUCUGAUUCUACGUGUCUCCAGUGAUUUUUUGACCUCUGAGUAUUUGAGUUUUUGAUAUCUAAUGGAAGACAAAGAAAGUCCGUUUGAGAGGAGAAGAGCGAGGUCGCGAGCUUUCUGGCACGGCUCGGGACCUUGACUUUUUUGCUUCUACAUAAGCCUACAUUUUUUUGUCUCCAAAAUUAAAGUU